GAAGUUUUUUCUCUACUUUGGGAACAUUGUGUAAUACAUGACUAUCCGCGCUUACGGCUGAAAUUACCGUAGAAAAUUAUUGGAGAUAUCAUAAAAACGUAUUUGUGCUAGGAGACAGACAUCGUAGUGAGGACGGAGUCUCGACAUUUGCGGACAUUUGCGAUUUUCAUCUACGAUAUCAUAUGCCUAACAUUGGAAACGAAAGCAGAAAUUUCUCCACGAAUGGAUAUUUAUAAUCGAUAGCAAUGGAAGGCCCAUUAGAAAUAAAGGACUCGAGUGCAGGUGUGGAGGAGCCCAUAAAGUCUGAAGCUCCCAUACAAAAUGCUGAUAAUAGCGAACGAAGCGACGGCACGGCCUCUCCACCUCCGAAUUGCAGCAUUUGUCUGGGAAAGCUAAUCAAUACAUCUUUCACAGACAGCUGUCUGCACCAGUUUUGCUUUACUUGUUUACUUCAAUGGUCCAAAAUUAAAACGGAAUGCCCUUUAUGCAAACAGACAUUCAAAUCAAUUAUACACAAUGUAAGAUCUGAAGAAGAUUAUGAUCAGUAUCAUGUGCCACGCGAUUUGGCAUCGCAAAUUCCUCAGCCACAAGUAACUGCUACUUUGGACGUCAAUUUUGAUGUCGAUUGGAAUGUUGCGCCUCGUCGAUUUGUUUACAGGACAACGAUGACCGGUAAUCGUCGUCACGGAAUGUUAUUGAAUCCAGAGCAAGUUACGAGACGCGAGCAGUUGCCCAGUAUGGUACCUCAAGUGUCUAGGGAUGAACGUAGACGUAGACGUGCUAAUCCUACAGAUUAUCGACGUACCGUUUAUAGACAUGGUAUAUGGGCCACUCCAUUAUCUGACAUAUUUGGACGUUUCCGCGAAUGUACCCCUGAAUAUUAUAGAAGACAACCACAGGAAUUAGAUCGCCUUAUACCAUGGCUAAAUAGAGAAUUACAAGUUUUGCUUAAUAAUGAACCGACCCAUAUUGCAUAUGUAUUGGGUGUAAUAAUGGAUGCCUUAACUCAAUAUGAUAUUAGAAGUCCAGAAUUUCGAAAUAUUGUCCGGCCCUUCUUUGCUAUACAUACAGAUCAUUUUGCUCAUGAAUUGUUGAAUUUUGCCCAAACCAACUUUGAUUUGGUCGGAUACGAUCAGUCUGUUACUUACAUGCCACGUGGUUUAUCAAAUGAGUAUGCAACUCGUAUUGCAUCACCUACAUCUAGUAGUGUUAGCAGUAGCAGUAUUAGUAGUAGCAGCAGCAGUAGUAGUAGCAGCAGCAGCAGCAGUAGCAGCAGCAGUCUUACCUUUGAUAACGCUGAUGUACGAAUACUUGCUGAAGCGAUUGAUUUGAGAGUGAACACUGAGAAUGUAUUACCGAAUAUGUUACCGCAUUCUAUUAGCAUGCCAGGCCCUAGCGCAUCAGGACAGAUGUUUCGCAGAGUAGAAACAUCAAAUAACGAACCUGAACUAUUAAUCGUUUCAUCGAGUUCCUCUGAAUCAGAUGGCGAGUGCGAAAUAAUUGGUUAUAUAAAACCACGUCAUGAAAGAACACCGGAAAUUAUAGAAUUACUCUCUUCUGAUUCUGAGCAUGCGCCUGUUCCUCAUACAUCCAAUGAAAAUACGCCAUCGACCCUAAGAAGAACACAUACCGAAAGUGUGUCACUACCAAAUACGUCUCAUGACACAAAAGGAUCGUCUUUGUCAUCUUGUUCCCCAACAAGUAGCGAUGCUACUUCUGACGAUGAUUACGAUCCAAAACCAAGACGAAACCGCUUGAAGAAAUCAGGAAAAAAGACAGUUAUGCAAAAACAUAAAAAAUUAUAUGGGGCAACAGGAAGUCGAACUAGACUAAAGAAAGAAGGCUCUAAAAAAAGGAAAAUAUCCAGUUCUAGUGAUUCCAGCUCGUCUGAAAGUUCGUUAAAAAAAUGUAACGAAAAACGAAGAAAGGCAAGAUAUAGGGUACAGGCUAAAGGUGCGGGACGAAUAAAGCUUAUUAAAAGAGAAGAAAGCUAUUCAGACGAGGAUUCGUCUAGUAGUGACAGUAGCAGUACAGAGACUGAUAAUAAGAUGAAAACCAAGAAGUGUUAUAAAGAAUAUAAAUUGAAAAGGGAUUGUUCCUCUAGUACAAACGAUCAUAUAGCGAAAAGUGGAAAGACAACGAAAAGUAGGAAAACUUUGAAUCUGGAAAAAUUAAAGUCUAAAAACAAGGAUCCGAAGUGUAGUGAAAAUAGACAAUCUAGAUCUAGAAGUAACAGUAUGUCUUCUAACACCUCUGAACGAGAUAAAAGGCCGAAUUAUAAGCAUCGAAAAUCUCGAAGUACGAACGAGUUUGGAAGUCACGACGAGUGUGCCUCAGUAAAUAAAGAUACAUCAAAAAAUGAAUGUAAAUCUAAAUCAAAAAAGAAAGUUUAUUGUUAUUCUUCGGAUUCGGAGGACGAUCGUUUAAGAUGUAGUAGUCAAUGUAGUAAUUAUUCUAAUAAAUCCUAUUCACAUCGGAGGAAAUUAAAACGUAAGGAAAAAUAUAAAGAUAAAGACCAUCAUAGAUCCAGCAGAAUAUUUAAUUUAUCACAGUCCAAUGCAAGUACAAUUUUAACGAUGUCUAUAUCGUCGAAAAAUGACGUGUAUCCGACGAAACAUUCCGAUCGUAGUGGUGGUUCGGAUUGUAAAGAAAAGCAUAAGUCACGCAAAGAAUUAAAGUACAGAAAAUCCGAAAGUGUAAAAAAGUCGAGACCAAAGAAAAAAAGGCGACGUCUUCAAUCUUCUUCCACUUCGGGAUAAUAUCAUAUGCGAUUUAUGUUAGCUAAUAUCGGAAAGUAUAUAUAAAUUUUCAUUUGAGUUAAUGACAUUUUAAUUUUUUAUAAGAUGCGAUAAAUAAUAUGUAAUGAAAUAUAAUUUCAUAUUAUUGUUUUGGCCUCCAUAUUGGUCUCCAUUAUGACGCCAUGGUCAUUUCAUGACUGUCUCUCAUACAUUUGUAAUAUACAAUAUUUUUAAUAUUUUAAAAAAUAAGCUUAAUUAAGAUUAUUUUUUCUUACAAAUUAAAUGUUUUAUAUAUCUUGUCAUUUUAUUACAUCUGUAUACUAGUAGCACAUAAAUAUUUUCAUCUUUAUUAAUAAAAAGAAAGUAACUUCGUAUUCGUCAUAAGAAAAUAUGUAUAUAUUAAAAUAAAUUUGCAUUUGCACGUUUCAAAAAAAUUGUUGCUGUAAUAAUGCAGAACGAAAGAUAUAGCAUACAGGGUGUCCCAAACAUGGAGUAUGAGUCGUAUUGGAGACAUGGAAGCUGUCAAGAAAAACAAUAAAGUUUUAUAUCAUUUUAUAAUAUUCGCCAUAAUUAUCGACUUAAACAAUAAAAUGUUUGAACCAAUGUACGCCUCGCUUGAUGACAUUGGUGCGCGAUGAAAGGAAUGUAAUGCGGCGCGAUAUUACAAAUUCGCGAAUCGUAGCAUCACCGUACAUUAGUUCAGAUGUUUUAUUCUUUAAGUCGAUAACUAUAGUACAAAAUGAUAUUAAGAUUUUUGUUGACUUCCUCUUGACUUCUUCUACGUCCUCGAUGCGACUCAUAUCCCAUUUCUGAGAUACCCUGUACACACAUAUAUAUACACACACACACACACACACAUGCGCGCGUAUGUUUCAAAAUUCGAGAAUAUGGAGUAAAAAAAACGUGAUACUGUAUGCUAAAAGAAACAACUUAUUUUUAGCGUUCAAUGUGAAAAAAAUAAAGAGAAUUAACUUUUAAAUACCAUAACUCAAAUAUUUUACUUUAUUUUAAUCAUUGUUACACAAUAAUUACAGAAUAAAAUAAAUCAUUUUUUCAACACUUGAGAAUUGAUUAAGUACUCAUUAGUAAAUUAUUUUUUUAAAUUUAAUGAUAUUAUUUAACUAUUGUACACAAUUAUGUAAUAUUUAGAAUAAUAGAAUGUUCAGAUCGCAAAGCAUAUCAUUAGUUACACUUGUCUUUAUUUUUAGAUAGACCUACGCGAAAUCGGACAAAUUUUUUAUUCAUAUUCAAUCUUUUAUUCAUAUUUGUAAAAAAUGAAAACAAUAUGUAUUUUUUUUAACUUUUCAACAAUAUGGAAGGUCAAGGCUCAAUAUUCAUAAUUAAUUUUUAUAUUUAAGAUUAUCUUAAGUACAGUCUUAAGAUGUCGUAAAUUAAUCUUAACAGAAUCAUGUUAUCUUAAGGCAUUCUACUUAUGAAUACUAGCUAAGUGACAAGUAAAUGUGGAGUGCGCGACAGUCCUGAAAGUCUAUAUUCAUAGUAUUCGAUUUUUAGAUUAUAAGAUUGUCUUGAGAUGUUAUCAACCAAUCAGCUACAUUAGCAUUACUAUAGCUGUGUUUCGAUAUAAUUGAAAAUCUAUAGUUCAUGUUACAUAUAUUAUAGAUUUUCAGUAUUGAGAAUUUUGAAACCAAUGACAUUAAAGUCUUGAACUAAGAUUUGAUUAUGAAUAUUGGUCAAUUAUCAAUUUUAAUCUACUCUGCAAAAAUUAUUUAUCGAACACAAUUUUGUUAAAGGAAAAAGUUAUUUUUUAGCAUAAAGUAUCAAGUCUUUUAUUCCGUACGCGCGAAUUUUGGUACAACCUGAAUAUUAUUAUACGUUUCAUAAAAAUAUAAUUAUUAUUGCGUACAAUAAUAUAUGUGUGUGUGUGUGUGUGUGUGUGUGUGCGCGCGCGCGUGUACACACGCACACAAGCACAUAUAUACAUCUAAUAUACGAUACAUGUUGUAUGUGUGCACGUGUGAAAUUACUCGUGUUGGCAGUUAGAAAGCAAUUGGUGCAUAUUUUAUUGGAAUAUUAGAAUAAUCAUGUAUGGAGUUUCAAAGAUUGUAAAUAUGUGUACUUGGUAAAUUAUUAGUUUAAUAUUUGCAACUUAUUUUAUAUAUACAAUAUAUAUGUAUAAUCACACAUACGAGAUACAAUGGGAAUAAUGUUUACACAUUAAUAAAACUAGAAAUAUAUGUUUAUAUAUUUUUACUAUGCAUGAUACUGGUUUUUUAAAAUAUUAGAAUAACUUUUCCUCUUUCUGAAAAUUUUAUUAAAUCAUUGUUCAUUAAAACGAUCUCUUUUUAUAUACACAUGAAAAAUUGAAACGUACAAGUAUCUUGUAUAAUUGCGCAAUAAUUAAUAUAUUACAUAUAAUAAAUGUUACAUUAUUGACAUAUUACUUUUUUUAUGUGCUGAAAUGUGAUCUGUUUUAAAAACAAACUUUUAUAAUAUCCGAGAUAUGAUUGAAUUAAAAGGAAAACGUGAGAUUACAAUAAAAUGCAAAUGUGAAUGUAUGUAAAAAUUACUGCAAAUUUGUAGUGUACAAAACAUUUACGUAAUAGAAGAUUGUUUAUAAUAUAGAUAUAAAUUAGGUAACAAUUAGAUAUAUCAACAUGGAAAAAUAUAUCAGUAAAAGUAUUAUAUUGUGCCCCUGUAAAAUCAUAAAAAGAAUAUAAACUAAUACCUAAAUAUAAUCGUAUAUUUUAUAUUCA